CAUUGGAAUUAUUGCAUGAAAAUUUGGUUACGCUAGACACCCAAAUCAUGAACUAUGAAACUCGAUCAGGUUCCGAAGCGGAUGAAAUUUAAGAAGUGCACAAAUGAACCAUUAGUGUACCGUAAGAUUGAAGGAGGAGAAAUCUUGAUCAUGGCCGUCUACGUUGAUGAUCUAUAUUUAUGAAGGAAACUUCGUUUAAAGUGAUUAGGAAAUUUAAGGAAGAAAUAUCUAAGAAGUUUGAAAUGUCAUACUUAGAUAAAAUAACGUACUACCUUGGCAUAGAAGUGAUUCAAGAAACAGACGAAAUCAGAAAAAAAAAAAGGUAUGCUCAAAAAAUCAUGUGUAACACAAAGAUAGAAGCGUGUAAUGCAACUCAUGUUCCAAUGGAGGCAUACUUGACGACCUCAAGAACUGAAGAUGAACGAGAGAUUGAUGAUACAUAGUUCAGAAGAAUCAUAGGAUGUUUGAGGUAUCUACUUCACAUAAGAUCCGAUUUGUGUUACGCAGUUAAUGUUCUUAGCAGAUACAUACAUAAUCUGAGAGACUCACGCAAACAAGCCAUCAAGCACAUAUUGCGGUAUGUGAAAGGAACAACAAACUAUGGUUUGUUCUUCAAAAAAGAUGGGUCAAAGAGUGUUGUUGGUUAUAGUGACAACAGUCACAACAUUGAUCUCGAUAACGGGAGGAGAACGUCACUUAAAAAUGCAUGUCAAAUUUUUUAUUUCAAGAAUUAAGAAAAAGUUAAAUCCAAAAUUUUAAAAAAAUAACCAAAUUAAUGUCGUUUUAGUUUCAAAAUGUUAUGUCCAGAUCUAUUAACCAUUCAAUCUAUUAAAAAUAAAAAAUUAGUUAAGUGAAAGUUAUAUUUUUAAAUACAAGAAAUUUUAGAAAUGAAUAUUUAACUUUAUUUUUUCAAAAUUUAAAUAUCUGAACUCGAUCCGAAAUAACCGAACCCGAACUAAAAAUAUCCGAACCCGACCCGAAGUACAGAAAUACCCGAACGGGUUCUACACCUCUAUACCAAAAUACCCGAAAAUCCGAAAUACCCGAUCCGAACCCGAACGGAUACCCGAACGUCCACCCCUACACCAAGAAUAACUACAUGUUACACACCUUACUAAAGAAAACUUCUAAUUAUAUAUAUAUAUAUAUAUAUAUAUAUAUAUAUAUAUAUAUAUAUAUAUAUAUAUAUACAUAUGUAUAUAUAUAUAUAAAAUUUAAAAAGAAACAAAAACUCUAAUAAAAUAUAGAUAAUAUGAUAUUGGUUUAAAUUUGUAUUUGCUUUUACAUAUUAGCAAAAGAGAGGCAAAGAGGAGUGUGUCAUACAAGCAUUCUUCUAUUCUUUUGCCAAUGUUGCAACUGCUCCUGCUGCGAGCGUUUAGGAGCUGUUAGUGUGAUCUCUUCGUUUUGAGUUUUAUAAAAGGAAAUUCGAUUUUAUGAAAUAAAUGUUUUAUAUAAAAGUUAUAUAUACAUAUUUGUUCAUUAAACAACAUGUUGUACACAUAAGAAAAUUGGAUAUUAAUUAUAUAUUAAAUAUAUUUCCUUUUUGAUAAUACAUUUUUGAUAUAUAAUAUAAAACAAUUAGUUUUUCUUAAAUUAUAGGGCUUAGAUAUAAUUUUAUACUAAGAUAUUAUCUUUUUUAUUAUAAUUUAUUUUGAUUUAUAUAAAAUCAUUUUUAUUAUUUAUAAUUUAAGAAAAUUCGUUUUGAGUUUUAUAAAAGGAAAUUCGAUUUUAUUAAAUAAAUGUUUUAUAUAAAAAUUAUAUAUACAUAUUUAUAAAGAUAUUGCAUCUUUGAUAAUAAAGUGAUUUGGAAACAAUUAUUAACAAAACGUUAAAUAAAAGUAAUUAAUAAUAAUAUUUUGACAAUAAAUUUAAUUCAUUAAGGUGACCAUUGUAAUUAACCUUCUAAAAAAAUAUGAUAGAUAUAUCUGAUAUAAUGAAAAAAAAAAAUUUACUUAAGCCGACAUUAAAAAAAAAUGGAAACUGCAUGUAAUUAUAUAUAGUGAUUCCCCUACUCCCUGAAACUCAUUCUCAGCAAAAGAAAACAGAAACAAAGAGCACAGAUUGAUUCCUUUCCUUCGUUCUUGUUAUUUGUCAUAACUAUGCGUACGUAUCCGCGUGGUUCGCGAUUUCAACCAACGGAGUUGGGGUUGGUGAAGCUUCAUCUUAAGAACAAGGUGGAGAAGAACAUAAGCGGUUUCAUCAAAACGUUGAACGUCUACGGAGACGCGCCGUGGCUUCUCCAUCACGACACGAACCCUCUGUAUAGUAGAAACGAAUGGUACUAUUUUGUUCCGAGGAAGAUAAGAGGUGUCAGGUCAGUGAGCCGGAUGGUACCGAGUAACGGAGAUAGCUUAGGGGGCACGUGGAAAUCAGUAGGUAAGAAAAAAGACAUAAAGAAGAAUGACAAGGAGUUGAUGGGUUACAAGACGGAACUGGUGUUCAAAAAGAACGUGGCGGGGGAGUUAGAGAAGGAGAAGACUGACUGGCACAUGGAUGAGUAUUCCCUUCACAGGAAUGGUGAUGAGUUCCAUGAUUUGGUCUUGUGUCAUGUCAGACUACUUCAUAGUGACGAGACAUUCAAACCCCAUGUCCCUGCUGCUCAUCAGGUUGAUCAUGUGAAAAAAGACAACAACAACAACAACGACGUAGUCUUACCAAACCAAGAGCAGCAAGAAGCUGGUUCUGCUAUGCAAGGUUACGAAGGUGGCAACGUCAAUCAACCUCAGCAACAACCAGAAGAGCAAGAAGAUUAUAUUCUUGUAGAUCGUCAUCUGCGGAGCAACCACAACCAAAGACAGAAUCUAUUGGAAGAUGUUGUUUAUCCGAAUGGCCGUGGCGACUUCAAUCAACAUCAGCAACAACAACAAGACCAAGAAGAUUCACUUAAUCUUCUACAUCCUCCUUUUCAGACCAACGUUAACCAAGAACAUUAUCCAUUGGGAGAUAUCGCUUAUCAUAACGCAGAGGGUGAUAUGACUGGCUAUGGACUCAUGCCAAGUUUUAACCAAGGCAACGACGUCAAUCAACAACAAGAUUCACCAGAUCCUCUUCUCCUUCCUCCUUUGCAGCAGAGCAACGACAACCAAGAACCUCAUCCAUUGGAUGAUAUUGCUUUUGAUGAUAAUCUUACGAUUGACAUUGAUGAACUCUUGAAAAUUCUAGACGAAGGGAAAGAGCAAGAAGAUCCACCCACUCUUCCCCUUCCUCCUCCUCUUCCGAGCAAUGUCAACCAAGCACCGUGUCUCUCGUGGGAUACCAAUUUUGCCCCAUCUCAGGUGGAGAACAACUACAACAACAACACCGUCUUACCGAACCAAGAGCAACGAGAAGGUGGUUUUGCUAAUCAUUAUGACAUGACGAUGAUGGUAGAGAAAGAACAUGGCGACAUCAAACAACAAUAUCAGCAAGAGCUACAGCAAAUAGAUCGACAGAGUUUAUUCUAUGAUCCUGAGUGGGAUGAUUUGCGUUUUAGUAGUGAUUUGAUUAUGCCAAAUAUGGACGUAAGCUUGACUCAACAACAACUACGAGAACUGGAAGAAGAGAGAUUACAACUGGUGGAGAGCUACAACAACAACACCGUCUUACCGAACCAAGAGCAACGAGAAGCUGGUUUUGCUAAUCAUAACGACAUGAAGAUGAUGGUAGAGAAAGAACAUGGCGACGUCAAACAAGAUCAAGAGCAACGGAUAAAAGAUCUACUGAGCUAUCUCCUUUCGGAUGAUUUUGGUUUUGAUGGCCCAGAGGAUGGACCGAUUGCGCCAGAGCUAUUAAAACUGCUGGAACCGGUUCCCCAAGCUCAAGACUCGGAAGUCAUGCCUCCUCCUCCUCAGAGCAACGACAACCAUGGACAGCUUCCUCUUGUCCCAUCUCAGGUGGAGAAUCACAACAACACCAACGUCUUACCGAAACAAGAGCAACAAGAAGCUGGUUUUGCCUAUCAGAAUGACAUGACGAUGGUAGCAAACGAACAUGGCGACGUCAAGCAACCACAAGAUCAAGAGCAACAGCAUAUAGAUUUACAGAGUCUUCUCCGUGAUCCUGAGUGGGAUGAUUUACGUUGUGAUUUUGGUGGCCCAGAGGUUGGUUUGAUUUUGCAAAAUAUGGAGGUAAGCAUGACUCAACAAGAAGAACAAGAAGUGCAAGAAGAGAUAUUAAAACGCAUGCUGGAACCAGUUCCUCAACCUCAAGACUCGGGAGUACAUGCGGAUCAAGUCAUGCCUAAAGAUUGAUACGCUGAAUAUAGUUCUUGAUAUUUGUAUGUAACUCCUUUAUUAGUUGAUUUUAUUUCCGGUUAUAGGGUUUCCACAAUGGAGACUUGAACUCGUUUAAAUGUUUGUUUUAUAUCAACUUUUAUUCUAUUGGUUUUAAUGUUUGUUUCUUAGGUCUAACUGGUGAUUAUAGAACUCAUUUUAGUGUUUGUAUCAAUAUCUAGUGAUUAUAGAACUCGUUUUAGUGUUUGUAUCAAUAUCUACUGACUGGUUCUCUUACGUAUAAUUUAAAACGGAUUUAUCAGUACAUGAUCAUUAGGGUUAAUUAGCUAAAAUGAUCGUUUGUUUCUCCAUCUGGAUGAGUCAUUUGGAUGAAGAUGAGAGUUUUGUUUGUUUAGGCACUAAAAGUACAAUUCAUUUAGAUGGAUCAUCCGGAUGACUUUUGGAAAUUUAGGCUUAAUUUUAAAGUCCAUUCAGUUGAACCAAUUUGGAUCAUUUGAAUGGAGAUGGUUCAUUCAAAAUGAUAUAAUGUCUAUUAUGCCCCUAAUGUAAUUUACAAAUUACAAACCUAAAAAUAAUAUUAUUUUUGUCACAUAUGAAAAC